GAGUCCCACCCGCACCAGCUAACGAGCGGCGAGGUCUCGCAAUCCCGCCCCAAAUCGACGCCCGACGCCGCAUGAUCCGUGCACCUCGACUGCUCGCCGCGCACGCGCCAUCGCCAAUCCGCCACCGCCUAUCCCUAGCCCCGAUCUCUACUAUCUACCGCCGCCUUCCUUGGUCGCCGCGCGCGGCCUUCCUCGCCGCCCAAGCCCCAAUCUCGACGACGCGCCUCGCGUCGUCGUCCCGCCUCGUCCCUCUUCUCGCCCUGCCGAUGGAUCCGGCCGCUCCCGAGCCUGUCCCCGCACCCGCCACCGACACCGAUGCCGAGACCAAUGGUUACGAGGAUGCCUCUGAAUUCGAGGACGCGGAGGCUGGGGGCGAGGGCGCUGGGGCCGGGACCGAGACCGGGACCGGGACCGGGUCCGGGUCCGGAACGAUGCCGGCGGGCGGUGUAGCGGAGAUGAAGGAGCUGCCCGAGGAGCUUGCCAAGGGGGUGGUGUGCCUCGAAUGCGAGACAUCGGCCGAAGCGGCGGUGUCGGGUGUUGGCGGGACCUGCCGCGUCUACGUCGUCGGCACCGCUCAUGUGUCGCAGGAAUCAUGUGAUCAAGUGAAGGCCAUCAUCAACUACCUCAAACCUCAGGCUGUUUUCUUGGAGCUCUGUAUGAGCAGGGUUGCAAUUUUGACACCACAAAACCUUCAGGUUCCUACUAUGAAUGAAAUGAUUGACAUGUGGAAGAAAAAUAAGAUGAACACUUUUGGAAUUAUCUACAGCUGGUUUCUUGCAAAGGUUGCUAGCCAACUUGAGGUGUUACCUGGAGCUGAGUUCCGGGUGGCAUUUGAGGAAGCAAUGAGCUACGGUGGCAAAGUUAUCCUAGGAGACCGCCCUGUCCAGAUCACUUUGAGGAGGACCUGGGGGAAAAUGUCACUAUGGCACAGGGCAAAAUUUCUGUACUACAUCAUUUUCCAGUCUGUAUUUUUACCAAGCCCAGAGGAACUGAAUAAGAUGUUAAAGGACAUGGAUGAUGUUGACAUGCUAACACUUGUUAUUCAAGAGAUGAGCAAGGCAUUUCCUAGUUUGAUGGACACACUUCUACAUGAGCGAGAUAUGUAUAUGUCUUCAACGUUGUUGAAGUCGGCCAGGGAAUAUUCUUCAGUGGUUGCAGUUGUGGGAAAGGGGCAUGUUUCUGGAAUAAAGAAAAAUUGGCAACAGCCAAUUCAGGUAAACUGCUUAUUAGAAUUACCUGAUGCUAACCAAGGUCCUUCAAAGCUGAAGAUUUUGGCAUCCAUUGGAGCAUUAACCGGAGUAAUAAUAGCAUCCGGAAUAUAUGUAUGGGGUAGAAAGUAACAGACGUGAGUGCAAUGUGUUCAAUGAGCCUUUAAAUCUCGAAAAAAAGUAUUUAGUUUAUUUACCUAUAAUCUGUUUCAUUUGUUCUAAAUAUAAAUAGAUGUAAUUUCUGAAAUUGAAAUUAAACAAAUGAAAGGACAGGUGCAGCAGAUAAAUGAAACAUGUUUUUUCCUCUCA